UAUAGCAAUGGAAAAGUUAACAGUGAUAUUAAUUUUUGUUAUGCUGCAGGCUAUGCAUAUAUCUGGGUCCACUGAUUGUACUCCACCAUGGAUGACUCGAAUUAAUCCGUUUUACACCGAAGUGUUUUUAAAGACAGCCAACAGAUGUCCAUCAAUGUUUGGAGACUCAAAUAAGGAAUACUGUUGUUAUAAUACAGACGGAGACGUUGAAUGUUGCAAUUAUCAAGAGUAUUUCAUGUUUAGAUUAAUUUGUCUUAUUCCAAUUAUUUUAAUUGUAUUAAUAAUUCUAUCAUUCGUCGGCUGUAUGUGUUAUACUCUGUGCAAAUUUUGUGAGAUUUAUAAACGCCGACCAAUUUUAAGUUGUGCACCACCACCGUAUUAUCAGACGACUUCAGGAUUUCAUCAAAGACUUGGACUACCACAUUUUAUUCAAGGUAACUCGCCAAUAGCUGUAGACAAUCAAGAUAUAUCUCAUCACGACAUUAACAAAUAAAAUAACAAAUAUAAUGUUUUAUAA